ACUGCUCAUGUCUCCUUUGAAGCAGAUGCAAUGGUGGCCCCAUCCGUAGUCGGAGGAGGCGCUUGCCAGCUUCGGCGGCAGCAGAUCUGGGCACGUCUCGAUCACAAGACGCAAGCUUUGCUUGGCGCGAGCAAUACUCGGAUGGAAUCAUGGCCGCGCGGCUCCAAGCUCCGUCAAGCGAGCACCAACCGAAAGGGAAAGGAGAUGCUCCGGAUAAGGACGCAUCAAUCUUCCCCGGCGAUUCCGUGACGGUGGCGUGGGGGCGUCCACCACCCGCGUCGAUCGGACGCCAUGGAUGUCAUGUCCCCCAACUCCACAUCGGUGAUCGCCGCUUUAAAAAGCCCUGCCCCCCGCGCGACGAGGGAGAUCACCGGAGACGGCGGCGCCGCUGAUCGCCCCCGCACCCGUGGGAGCCGAGCACGAGCCCACCACCACGACACGCUCGAGCAGGAUGGCGAGCCUGACCGUGCCGCCGGUGCCGACGAGCCCCCGGCAGGACGCCAUCGACCUCCACAGGGCGUUCAAAGGGUUCGGGUGCGACAGCACGACGGUGAUCAGCAUCCUGGCGCACCGCGACGCGGCGCAGCGCGCGCUCAUCCAGCAGGAGUACCGCGCCGCGUUCCACCAGGACCUCGCCCGGCGCAUCGCCGCUGAGCUCAGCGGCCACCACAAGCGCGCCAUGCUGCUGUGGAUCCUGGACCCGGCCGCCCGCGACGCGACGAUCCUGAAGCAGGCGCUGACGGGGGACAUCACCGACCUCCGCGCCGCCACCGAGGUCAUCUGCUCCCGAACCCCGCCGCAGCUCCAGACCCUGCGGCAGGCCUACCGCGCCCGGUUCGGCUGCCACGUCGAGCACGACGUCGCCGAGCGCGCCUCCGGCGACCACCAGCGGCUGCUGCUGGCGUACCUGGCGGCCCCGCGGUGCGAGGGGCCCCGGCCCGCGGCGGCGGCGGAGGACCCGGAGCUGGACGCGCGGGACCUGUACCGCGCCGGCGAGCGGCGGCUGGGCACCGACGAGCGCGCCUUCAUCCGCGUGUUCACCGAGCGCCGGCGGGCGCACCUGACCGCCGUGGCGCGCGCGUACCGCCACAUGUACGACCGGCCCCUGGAGGCGGCGGUGAAGAGCGAGACGUCGGGCAGCUUCCGCUUCGGCCUCCUCACCAUCCUCCGCUGCGCCGACAGCCCGGCGAGGUACUUCGCCAAGGUGCUGCGCAAGGCGAUGAAGGGGCUGGGCACGAGCGACUCGGCGCUGAUCCGGGUGGUGGUGACGCGCGCGGAGAUGGACAUGCAGCACAUCAAGGCGGAGUACCACAAGAUGUACGGGCGCUCGCUCGCCGACGCCAUCCACUACGAGACCUCCGGCAACUACCGCACCUUCCUCCUCUCGCUCGUCGGCCGCGACCGCGCCUACUACUGAUCACCGCCGUGUCGCAGCUCGCAGGACGGUGUGCCCGGUGCUGCCUCCAUGGCUCUGGCUCCAGGCUAUGAUCUCGUACGUGUAUCUGCACACGCCGUAAUUGAUCAGUGAUCAAUCUUCGCGCACACUGUGCUCACUGAAUUGGUUUCUUCCUUCCGUCCUCAGUUUCAGCA